AAAAAAAAAAAAAAAACUGUUUUUGGUCACAGCAUCCCGAAGAGAAAGAAAAAGAAUUCUCUCAUCAAUUUGGUAACCCUAAUCGCAAGGAAAUCAAUUCCCAAAAUGAAAGGAGGUCAGUUAUUCCCUCAAUUAUGUGCCCUAAUCGCAUGGCAAUUGGGUCAUCUUUGAUUUGAGCGUGGGCAAAUUCUCAAUCCCACGAAAAUGGUAGCAGCAUUAGAGAGAUACGAAAAGCUGGGGAUAGGAGAGUCCCUCCCAAGAAUCUACCAAUACCCAUUAGCCUGCAGAGAGAUCAGCAUCAUUCUCAGAGGAGCUUACUCUAAGCUCCCCAAAAACCUUCAGUCUCUCGUCUUCCAACACACCCUCACCGCCUUCCGCCUCCUUCCCCUGAUGCAGACACAAAAUGCUGUUUCAGCGGCUAAUCUCCUCAUUCAGAGUGCAGAGGCUGUGUUGCCAAAGCAAAAGAAAGUUUUGGCUGUGACAGAGUUCAAGCAUGCAAAGGUUGCCCAUAAGAGGCGCUGCAAGGACCGACAGGAAGAAGGUUCAAUUCAACUUCCUCAAGAUGUUGUAGUGCACAUCUUCAGUUUUUUAGAUUUGCAAUCUUUACUUUCGGCUGCAUCAGUAUGCUGGUUGUGGAAUUCGGCAGCGAGUGACAACCACUUGUGGCAUUUGCAACAUGUUAUGUACUUUGGUGAUUCCAAUAAUUGUUCCAAGGGCAGGGGGCUGCAAAAGUAUGGAAUACUUGAAAAUGAUGAGCAUAUGCAAUUGCAAAUGGAAGUUAAUGCUGGAAAUAAUACUGACUGGAGAGACACUUUUAAAAAAGCAUGUAAAGGCAAUUCAUUAAAGAAACUUACAUCUAAUAGGGGAUACUGUGGGCACUGUGAUGCAGUUGUUUGGCUGAGUAACAUGAAAUGUUCCAAUAAACACUGUAGGCUAAACUCCAAAAGCCAGAAAAUCAAGCACAUAUCACCUGAGCAGAUUGUGGAGUAUAUAUUACAUGGUAGUCCAUCUAUGAUAUCGUCUUCAGAUAGUGAUAGUGGUGAUAGUGAUUCAGACGAGGAGUCCUUUCGGAAGCUGUGGGCCAUUCCAAAACACUUUAGUGGAUGCCACAGAUAGCUCUGUCUCAGACAGCAAAUGUAUUUUUUUCUCUGGUGGCAUUAUUUGGUUGAUGAUUAUUCAAGGAUAGUGUUGGGAGAGCUAAAUGAUUGGAAACAGAUUGUCGUAUCUUUUAAAUAGGCUGAGAUGAGAGUAAUUCCAUUAUGCUUUUGGAGUUGAUUUGGAGUUUGUAAUUGUAACAUUGUUGUGUCAAGGCUAGAAGAUUAGCUUAUGCUUGUUACCGAACAAUUUAUUUUAUUAAACCAAAAUGUAAAUGUAUGUUACUGUCAUAUGGUUUUCCUCAGCCUCAAAUCAGAAAUUAACAGCAAGCUGUGUAUUGCCUUGAA